CUUCUCCGCUGAGGAAGAAAAGAGUGAAGCGAUAUACGGGCUUCAAGACAGAAACAUGAAUGCGCCGUUCUACUACACGCUCAAGGUCGGGAACGCUCCUCUUCAGAUGGAACUAGACACCGGUGCUGCCGUGUCUAUCAUUUCGAAACGCCAGUUCCAAUCGUUGUUUCCUCGCACAGAGCUGUCUCCGGCGUCACUAAUACUGCGCACGUACACCGGCGAGCGUGUCAAGCCAAAAGGAGUGGCGACGGUGGACGUAGAGUACCGAGACUUCAAAGGAAAACUUCCGCUUCACGUACUGGGAGAAGAUGGGCCACCUUUGAUUGGCAGAGACUGGGUCUACAAGCUCAAGUUUGACUUGGGAUCGCUAAACGCGGUCAGCGUUGAUGUAAAAGCGUCUCUCCAAGACAUCCUAAUACGCUACCAGGAUGUGUUCAAGGACGAGCUCGGAUGCAUGCGAGGGGAAGAGGCUCGGCUAAGCUUAAGGGAAGGUGCGAGUCCAAAGUUUCUGAAAGCUAGAAGUAUGCCGUUCGCCCUGAAGCCAGCUGUAGAAGAAGAGCUAAAGAGACUGGAGGUGACAGGUGUCAUUGAAGCGGUGGCCCAUAGUGACUACGCUACACCAGUUGUCCCGGUUUUGAAGAAGGAUGGGUCUGUACGCCUUUGCGGGGACUACAAAACAACGGUAAACCCUUGCCUGGACGUGGAGCAGUACCCGUUGCCAAGGUUGGAAGAUAUUCUAGCAACGGUAGCUGGGGCGACUGUUUUCUCGAAAAUAGACUUAAGUCGUGCAUACCAGCAAGUUCCGGUCCACCCUGAGUCACAACCCUAUCUGACAAUCAACACGCACAAGGGUCUCUUCCGCGUCAAGCGUUUGGCGUUUGGGAUCGCUUCAGCUCCAGCACUGUUUCAAAAGAUAAUGGACAGCUUGCUGGCGGGAAUUCAAGGAGUAACCUGCUAUCUCGACGAUAUCCUGGUAACAGGGAAGACCGCCGGGGAUCACCUGAAGAAUUUGGAGCAAGUCCUAAAGAAACUGAGUGACAAGGGCGUCCGAGUCAAGAGAGAAAAGUGUGAGUUCUUGAAGGCAAGUUUGAAGUUCCUGGGGCACCAAGUCGGCGAGCAAGGGGUAGCUGUGUUGGCAGAAAAUGUGCAAGCGAUCCUCGAUGCACCUCAACCGCAAGACUCAAAACAGUUACGGUCGUUUUUGGGAAUGGUGACAUUCUACGGAAAGUUCCUCCCAGACCUCUCGACCACAAUAGCACCGCUGAACGAGCUACUAAGAAAAGAUGUCGUCUGGACCUGGAGCAAGCGCUGUCAAGACGCUUUUAACAUGGUGAAGAGGCUUCUGGUUGACGCACCUGUCCUGGCACACUACGACCCCAAGGCAGACCUUCAGGUGUCAUGUGAUGCCUCGGCAUACGGUCUCGGAGCCGUCCUGUCCAGGGUGUACUCCAACGGCGACACACGGCCUAUCGCGUUUGCGUCGAGAACCUUGACAUCGAGUGAAAAGAACUACAGCCAACUAGAAAAGGAGGCACUGGCUAUUGUGUUUGGCGUGAAGAAAUUUCACAUCUACUUGUUUGGACGAUCCUUCGUGUUGGUCACUGAUCACGAACCGUUGCAAACCAUUCUUGGUCCAAAGACGGGAAUUCCGAGCAUUGCUGCCGCACGUCUGCAAAGAUGGGCUAUUACCCUUUCCGCCUAUCAGUACCGAUUGGUUUACCGACCGGGUCGACUCAACGUGGAGGCGGACUGCUUGUCACGACUUCCAGUUCCUGGAUUUCAGGAUGAAGACUACGAGGAUGACGUCGCGGCGUUUCUCAGUCUCCGCCUGCAGUCUUUUCCGGUAAGCAGCCAAGAGAUCGCACAAUUUACAGCAAAAGAUAAAGAGCUCUGUCAAGUGGCAAGAUUCCUUGCCGGUGCGUGGCCCGCAAAAGUAGAAGAUUGUCUGAAGCGUUACUCUGCAAGAAGAAGCGAGCUGACGUGGCACCAGAAUUGCCUUUUGUGGGGAAUGAGGGUUGUGAUCCCGAAGGGACUGCGCGAACGCGUACUGGACGAGCUGCAUGAAGGGCAUCCUGGAAUCGUAAGGAUGAAAGAACUGGCACGCAGCUAUGUAUGGUGGCCGGAGGUCGAUGCGGAUAUUGAAUAUCGCGUCAGGUCGUGUGAUACCUGCCAACAGCAGCAGAGUCUUCCAGGUCCAGCCCCGCUGCAUCCGUGGUCCUGGCCAACUCGUCCGUGGCAAAGGCUGCACUUGGAUUUUGCGGGACCUUUCCAGGGCCGUCAUUUUCUGGUGAUCGUCGACUCCCACUCCAAGUGGCCCGAGGUUUUUGUGAUGAACAGCACAUCGGCCGAAGCAACUAUUGAAAAGCUGAGGGAGCUGUUUAGUCAUUUCGGUCUGCCAGAUGUUGUUGUCAGUGACAAUGGCCCCCAAUUUUGUUCCCAAGAAUUUCAGAUUUUCUUGCGAGAGAACGGUGUGAGGCACGUCAGGACCGCCCCCUACCAUCCAUCAAGUAAUGGGCUGGCUGAGCGUUUCAUCCGCACCCUGAAGGAGGCCUUACGAAAAGAGAUGCCGGGCCGGCCUCUGUCCCGUCGACUAGCAAGUUUCUUGUUAGCUUACAGAAACACACCGCACGCCACAACCCUUCAGAGUCCUGCGGAGUUGCUGCUUGGGCGGCGGCUCACUACCCGUCUCGACAGACUGCGACCCUCUGCAGAGGAAACUGUUCACCGCAAGCAGGACGUGCUACAGGUGAAGCACAGUGGCAAACACCGACACUUCGUGCCGGGUGAUAAGGUGUACGUCAAGAACUUCCGGCCGGGUGAGAGGUGGUUGCACGGAGUCGUCAUGGCUAGAUCCGGACCGGUCUCCUACAGGCUUCGCGUGACCACACCGCGGGGGACCUUCGUGUGGCGGCGACACCAAGACCACCUGCGGUUGCGGGAGAGCUCUACCCCAGAGGAGGAGGAAGGUGGUUUGCUGAUACCGAGUGUCCUGCCAUCAUCGCCAACCCCAGGGCAAGGGGGACUCGUGAACGAGCUGCCUCCAGUUGGGUCACCGGGGGUAGAGGGACAUGGGAUCAACUCCAGUCUCCGGUCGUUCCCCAGCCCAGCCGCAAGAAAUUCAGCGCCGGUAUCCCGAACGGCAACGGCGUGCGCCUAAUAGGUUUUCGCCUUGAGAAGGAAGAGAAAAAGACGAGGACUUUGUGUUUUUUCAGAACUGUAAUUAUUUUGUAUUUAGUAUGUCUGUACUUUGUACUUUCCAGAACUUCAAUUAUUCUCGUGUUUUGUUAAAUUGUCAUAUCGUGUUACUUUGUGAGUAUUGCACUGGAACGCCGUCGAAUGGUAUUACUGUGCUGAACUAAGUGUGGGGGAGUGUUGUAUGGGUGACACAAUAAGCAGGCAACAGCUAGCGCGCGCUCGUGCGUCUCGCGCCACUGUUCCGGGGCGCCAUAUCUAUCUGAGCCAGCGCACCGUUUGCACCACCCGCUGCUAUCCUGCCGCUCUCUCACGCCCGUGACUAUGUGUCGUACUCCGGUAGUCCUGGAAUAAAGAUGCGCCAGCGAAGAACCCCAUCGGCCUGUUACUCCAGAUACCACAGUUAGGGCCUCGUAUCACCAUUGCGAUGAACAUAUCGUGCAUUCAUUAUAUUGCAGGCUCAGUAAAAAGUCAGUAUAAAUGACUAUGUGGCGCGGGCUGCGAGGAAGACUUCAUUUGUAGGCAAAUGACCAAAAUGAGCGAACGAACAGAAAGGGACAAGGACAGACAUAAGAAACCGUACGCGGUAACGCCAUAUUAUCAUGAGAUAUU